UCCAAAAUGGUCACCCUAACCCCCGACACAAUCGACGACCUAAUCUACUCCGCGCGCGCCGGCGAACUCCAAGACCUCCAAACGGACCUAACCACCCUAGCAACCCGGACCUCCACGACGCCGGCGCACAUCAUCGCCGCAGCAAUCGACACGGCGCCCCAGGAAGAAGGUGGAAGUGGGUCGAGUCUGUUGCAUUACCCUGCCGCGAAUGGAAACCUUGAAAUCCUCACCUACCUCCUCACCACCCUAACCACCCUCCCCAGCCUUCCAGAAAUCACCAAAGUCCUUAACCACCGGAACUACUCAGGAAACACGCCUUUGCACUGGGCGGCGCUGAACACGCAUCUGGAGUGCGUGAAGGCGCUGGUAGAGGCGGGCGCGGAUGUCGGGGUGAAGAAUGAUGCGGGGCUGGAUGCGGUGUUUUUGGCGGAGCGGGCGGAUUGGAAGACUCAGGAGGAUGGAGGGGCUGAGGAGGAUGAGGAGAAACAGGAUGCUGGGGAGAUGACGAGGGGGAGACAGGUUGUCGAGUGGUUGUUGAGUUCGGAGAAGGCGGCGGAG